UUGAGAGUCAGCCGCAGAUGAGUAACGAUUACUUAAACAAACUUCAGAUUCAGAUACAGGCGCUGAAUUGAGAGAUCAAUACAAUCGUCGAGAAUAAGAUGCUUAACAACGACCCGAUGGCCGACAAAAUGGCUUUGUUUCGGCAAAAUGCGGCGGAUGUGGCGAAGAAACGGGAGGUGACGUCAGAUUCCUUCAAACAAGCGGAAUACGAGUUGAAAGACUUGGAGAAAAUACUUAAAACCAAAAGGAGUGGACUCAAAGAUGGUGACCAACCGCUCAAAGGACAGGCAGUCCACGCGCUCGAGUCCAACCAGUACUUCAUGGAGUGUCAGCUGGAAGUGCUGAAAGCCAGGCAGCAGGUGUUGGACAAGGAGGUGAACCUGUAUGUGGCUCAGGAGUCCACGGAUGAUAAACAUCAAAUCCAGAGUCAACUCAAUGAUCAACAGACAGAGAAAGAGCGUCUAAAACAACAACAAAUGGAUUUCCGGAAGAAUGAGACACAACACCGAAAACAGCUGAAGAUGUGGACCGACUUGAAGACA